AUACCCCCUCCUUUCUCCCCUCCUUUAAGCCUCUGUCGUCUUGUGUGUGUGUCUGCCUAUCUGGUUAUUUCUGUCAUAUUUCCUAGUCAAUCAAUUGAUCAACAUGAAGAUCAACAAAAUUUCUGUUAAUUCUAUCAUAAUAUUCACUAUGCUGAUCGUAUAUGUCCAGCCAGCCUUGGGACAAGCUUGCCAGAAAACCUGUGGCAGUAUACCAAUCAAAUAUCCAUUUGGCACAGGACCUGGAUGUGGUGAUCCCCGUUUCCAAUCUUAUGUAAAUUGCAAUCAGCAACAACUCACUUUCUCCACUCACACAGGCUGCUACCCCGUAACAUCCAUUGACUACAACAACCAAGUUUUGUACAUCACUGAUCCCUCCAUGUCAACUUGCUCUUGUUCACAACCAAGUAAAGGCUUCAGCCUGGAUUGGAAUGCUCCCUUCAGCUUUCGCGACGACGUGGUUUUUGCUCUUCUUGACUGCUCAACUUCUGCUUCUCCAAUAUACAAAUCCAUUCGUGCAAGCAACUCGACUACUUUUCCACUGUGUGAUCCUCAGGGUGCAAGUGUCUGCAGCGUUCUGUAUUCUUGUCAAGCCAUAAGUAGACUAAACAUCCCAGUUUCUACUUGUUGUGUUUAUACACCUGUGGAUCUUGGGCCGUCUUUUGAGAUGGAUUUGCAGAAAUUGCAGUGCACAGCGUAUUCUGGCUUGUAUGGAUUCAAUGGCCAAGAAUCUAAUCCGGAUGCUUGGAAAUAUGGGGUAGCUCUGAACUACAAGUUCAAUUUAAAUAAUGAUUAUCCAGCAAUGUGUGCUAAUUGUGAAAAGAGCAAUGGAGUCUGUGGAUACGGUGGACCUUACAAUUCUUACGUCUGCAACUGUCCUAGCGGAUUCAACACAUCAACUGAUUGUUUUUAUGGGGCUGCUUGGAGCAAUGGUUUAAGGUUUUAUCCGUGGCAGACAGGGAUUGUUUUGGUGUAUUCUUUGGCAUGGUUUGCCAUACUUUGCGCUGCUUAAGCUCGAGUGAUGAUGCAGCGGAGUACCAAUGAUCGAUUUGAGCACUUUAUGUAAUUAAUUGGUACAUGUUUUCUUGUCGAAAUUUCUCCAAGAGAAAGUUCUUCAUAUUGUGCCUCGAUGCGAAUCGAAAAUACGACCAAUAAUUCUUAGUUGAUAGAUGUUUAUUGCGAACCCUUUUUCUUCCCACUGUCUCCCUUUUGUGCUCCAGAAGCUUUUAGUGCCUGAACGCAAUUGAAAUCAGUA